CGGGUUCGCUUACUUCCGGGCUCAGGCGGAUGGAAGCGGCGCGGAGGUCGCGGCUGAGGCUGAGCCGCCGGAGGCCGCCCUCGGGGGCCGGGUCCCCUAGCCCCCGCCUGGGCUCCCUCCGGGAUGGCGACGUCGAAUGUGCGCGGCUGUGGGCCGAGCUGCUUCGAACCGUGAGCGCGGAUCUGAAUCUGGACGGCAAGUUGCCGCCGCUGCCGGCUUUCCCCGGCCAGGAGCCCAGCAGUGGCCCCGAGCGCGCCGCGUCCCUCGAGGUCUUCACUGUGGGAUCUGAGACCUUUUCCUGGACGCCUUUCCCGCCGGCCCCAGCGGGAGGCGAGGGCACAGGUCGCUCUUAUCGGGUGUUCGGCGGGGCUGGGGUGCGCCCCGGGCCACCGACCGGGUCCUGGCAAGGCCGCACCACGCCGGAGCCCCGCGGGAUUCCCGACGCCCAGGAGCAGCCCAUGGUGGACCAUGCGCAGACCCUGCGGAGCUGCCCCAUGUGCCAGGCCGACUUCGACCCCGGGCUGGUCCAGCUAGACAUCGAUAGCCACCUCGCUCAGUGCUUGGCAGACAGCACAGAAGACAUGGUGUGGUGAGCCGUGAUUCUGGAAAAGCCUCAACUACAGAGCUGCUAAAAAGGUCACCGUUGUGUUGGAGGAGCAGAGGGGGACAGUGGAGCACAGGGAUGUCUGGGGCGGUGGGACAAGUCAGCCAACGUUUUGUCCAAACCCACAGGACCUACAAUAUGAAGAA